CUGUGACGCCAUCACCCGCGCGCCGCUGCCCGUGCGCAGGCGCAGUAGAGACUGCUCGGAGGCGAGCUGCGCGCGCGCUACCCGGGGAUGCUUGAGCGGGCGCGAUGGCUCCCGCCAUGCAGUCGGCCGAGCUCCAGUUCGCCCAGAGGCUGGCCUCCAGCGAGAAAGGUGUCCGCGACCGCGCAGUGAGGAAGCUGCGGCAGUAUCUCAGCGCGAGGACGCAGAGCGACACAGGAGGUUUCACUCAGGAAGAACUCCUAAAAAUAUGGAAAGGACUCUUCUACUGCAUGUGGGUACAGGACGAGCCCCUUCUGCAGGAGGAGCUAGCGAACAUUAUUUCCCAACUCAUCCAUGUUGUUAACAGCUCAGAGGCUCAGCACCUGUUCAUUCAGACCUUCUGGCAGACCAUGAAUCGAGAGUGGCAGGGGAUAGACAAGCUACAGCUGGACAAGUACUGCAUGCUGAUCCGCCUGGUCCUGAGGCAGUCCUUUGAAGUUCUCAAGCGGAAUGCCUGGGAAGAAAGCCAAAUCAAGCUUUUUCUGGACAUCCUGAUGAAGGAGAUCCUGAGUCCCGAGAGCCAGUCUCCGGAUGGAGUGAAGACCCACUUGAUUGGUGUUUAUCUGGAUGAGCUCUCCUCUGUGGGAGGGAGGGAGCUCUUGGCGGAUCAGAACCUCAAGUUAAUUGAUCCAUUCUGCAGAAUUGCUGCCAAGACUAAGGACCACACGCUGGUACAGACUGUAGCUAGGGGCGUUUUUGAGGUCAUUGUAGAUCAGUCUGCUUCUGUACCUGAAGAGACUGUGGAAGAGCAGACAACCAGAGUAGGUGACGGUGGUCUCUCUGCCCAAGAGAUCCCUGCAAGCAAGCUGGCCUGUAGAAAAGCAGUCAGUGGGAAGAAGGCUGCACUGGGCGAAUGCCUCGGAGGUGGAGUUGUUGGCGGCAGAGAAAGAGACAGCUGUGCAGCCUUCAAGGAUUCGGGGUCACCUCUCCAGUUCGACUAUAAGGCUGUUGCUGAUCGACUCUUGGAAAUAGCCAAUUCAAAGAGCACCCCUCCCUUCAACCGGAAGCGGCUUUGCAGACUGAUCAGAAAGUUCCAGGACCUGUCUGAAGGCAAUAGUGCUCAGCUCGGUUCUGGUGAGGACAUUACUGCUGAUGAAAAUGGUCAAGCCCUCGGUCAAAAAAAGCACAAGAAAAAAAGAAAGAAGCUUUUAGAAAGAGCUGCCUUGGACAGGGAGAAAGGAAACACGGCCUCUCUUGAUGGUGAGGAGGACAGCGGAGGCAACGUUCACAAGAGAAAAAGGAGAAAGAAGAAGAGGAACCACUUGCAGACUGAGACUCAGGACCUGGAUGUUGUUACCAUGCCCCCAGCACAGGAUGCUGACAGCCAGUCUGAUGCUGCCGAGAGGCAGAGCCCACAGGCGUGUGUGACAGAGCCUGAAGCGGAGGCCGUGUCUGGCAUCAGGGAGAACAGCUCUGAGCCAGCACCCAUCUCACCCACACACAAUAAAAGGAAACGGCCGAGGAAGAAGAACCUGAGGGUCCACAGAGAGAUCUGGAAAUCCACCGCUUUACCUCAGGAGGAUGUGUCAGAGAAUGACCCUACCGGUGGGCAUCCUCAGAGCGCUGCUGCCCCAGUGUCUUCCUCAGAAGGUGUCCAAGCCCAGAAGAGGAAACGGAAACUCGGAGCUCUCCCUGUCAACAGUGGUGGCUUGACUGUGCAAAAGGCAGGCACCCCAACAAGCGCAGGGGAAGAGAAAGAUGACCAGACCGCCCUGCCCCAGUGUAAGAGGCCACAGAAGACAGUGUCCAGCAGUCUUGACCUCUAUGAUCUGUCUAGUCAGAAGACAGCAAUCUUAAAAAAGAGGAAAAAAAUGAAGCAGAUGUCAGACUUAGUGGAGCACAACGGAGUGUUGGAGUCCAGCGCCAGGCGGAUCCAAGCUCUGGGAAGCAACAGGCCUUUGAAAAAGCCACUGACGACAGAGGAUGACUUUGUGAAGUUUGACACCCACUUCUUACCAAAGCCCCUGUUCUUCAGGAAGGCAAAGAGUAGCUCUGCCAUGCAUCCCCGCGGUCCUGCUGUCCAGCUGAAUAAAACACCCUCCAGCUCCAAGAAAGUCACCUUUGGAUUGAACAGAAACAUGACUGCAGAAUUUAGGAAGACCGACAAGAGUAUCCUGGUCAGCCCCACAGGCCUCUCGAGAGUGGCCUUUAACCCUGAGCAGAGGCCACUCCACGGCGUGCUGAAGACCCCAACCAGCUCCCCCGCCAGCACUCCUCUGUCAGCCAUGAAGCUCCCAGCCACCACGCCAAAGCGAAGGCCAAGGGCUGCAGACUUCUUCUGAGAGCCAGAGCCCCUUUUUAAAGACUGCUUUUAUACUGGAUAUUCUAUAAGUUAUAACUUUUAAAUGUGGGCUUUUAAUUACUUUACAAAUCCCCGUGGGCGGGGCAAAUGUUCUGAACAUGAGCUGCGGUCCCCAUCCCUCCUUGCUGGGGGUGCAGACCAUGGUUCCUGUCUGAGUCCGUGCACACGCUCACAGGACAGAGUGCUGUUGGCGUGUGGAGCCCCUCCUCCAUGCCCAUUCUGCACCUGCCACAGUCGGUUGCCUUUCUGGUUACAUGUAGUCUCGGUCUGUCCCCAUGUGGAAGCAUGUCAGCUCAGGCCGCUCUGUGGGCACAUGGCUGUUUCUCCUAGUGAUGACUCUUGAAAACGAAUGAGCAAUAGUGUAGCUUUUCUACGUGUGACCAGCAGGGGGGUGGACAGGUGUGGGGUGGAGAAAAGCCACUGUCCAUGAGGCUUUCUCUCCUCUGCCCGGCCUGUCCCUGUCCCUGUCUUCCUACCUCUACAGCAAGCCCAAAGUGUCUUUUCAGGAGGGCCAGUGCCCCCCAGGCUGCUGCCCACAUCAGCACAGUUUCCCAGGCCUCGGGCAUAGAUCUUAAACUCAGUGAGUGUGCCCAGGGCCUCUCUUUUUCUCCCAUCGAGGCUUGUACCAGUGUUGUCUGGACCCCAGGCUCUUGGCAGAACAGGAAGUUGGCCUCCCAAGAGUGUGUGCACUGGCAGCCAUUGUUACCUAGAACACAAGCACCUGUGUCCACACAGGUUCUCUACAGCUGUCCGAGCUUGCCUUAGUGCAAAGCCCAGGGAGACACUCAGACUUCAGUGAAACAAAUCUGACUUCUUGAGAGCAAAGCCUGCUCCACAGCUGGAGGAAACUGCCUUGGGUCUGAGGGGUGGGGUGCCCUCAGGAAGGAGCACAGCGGGAGGUCCAGAUCCUCCUGGUCUGCAGGCUUGACUGGCAGGGCCUAGGCCCUGGCUCUCAGGCACUCGAGGCACUGUCAGCUUGCCUACUGUGCUCAGAGUAUCCCCGGGACCUCCUCCUUGGUGCACCCUGGUGCAGAAACUAUUCUCACACUGCUGCUUCCCAGGGGAGGAGGACUGCAGGGCACUAGCUACUGUGGGGCCUGCAGAGUUGGUACAUCUGCCUCCGGCUUCACUCCUUCACUGCCGAGGGGUCCACUUCCUACCGUUCGACCAACUGACUCAUGAAUGACAUUCCUGAUAGGAGUGCAGUGACUUUUCUUUGGCCUGCUCAAUGACAAAGUGUAUCAUUGGGCCAUAUUUUGUUAUUGUCACAAUAGGUUAUGUGCAGUGUAACUUGUGGUUGCAUGGUUACAGUGUGCUGAGUUUGACAGUUAUAUUCAAAACUGAAACCUGUGUAAAAAGGUUAAGGCAGCAAAUGCUGUUAGCUCUUCACUUAAAAUUUUCAACAUGUCUGACAGUUUUCCGUUUUAAAGAUAGGUUAAUACAGCCAAGUGGGUCAUAUGGUCCAAUGGUGUGGAACAAGACACCAGGCAGCAGUGGUAGAAACUUCCUCACAGCAUUUUUAUGCUAGCUACCCAUCCUGAGGGACCAGUGAAUAUCCUGGAAGCACACCUCCUGCCUAAAAGACUCCCAGGCGGAGGGCAACCUGUGAAUGCUGGGUAUACAGUGAGCACUGCCAUGUGAGGCCAGGGUUUUGGGUUUUAUUUCUUGUGUACACAGCACGGGAAGGAUGUACCAUGUGAAGGAGCACAUUUAGAAAGCAUCUUUGUCCUUGCAGCACGUUAUUUUCUCAAGUGAAACUGGUGGUAGACUUGGAAAUCUAGAGAAGCUGGCCUCGGUGCUGCGGACCUAAGUAGCAUUUGCAAAGACGCCAGUCUUAGUGAUGUGGACGUGGUCAUUCUUGCAGUUUAGUUUCAGGCUUCCUUUUUUCUCUUCCUCCCGCCCCUCAAGGUCUCAUUGUGUAUCCCAUAGGGCCCCACACUGGUGGUCAUCCUGCCUCAGCCUCCCUAAGUGCUGGGACACAAUCUCCUUUCUGAACUGAAGCACGAGAAGGAGUGGGAGGGGCCAGGGAGCAGUUGCCUCCCUGGGAAGUGGGUCAGUGUCUUCUCUGGACUGCGUGACUGCCCGAAGUGUUGUUUGUUUAUGAUCAAAUUGUAUUGGUGUCCCUGGAGCUUGUUGGGACAAAAAUCAAAGCCAAGACCAAUUAAAAGAAGUAUGUUUUUAUCCUCA